AAAAAGGUUAGAUUGGUUUUUAGUUUCUAACCGUUUCCUCCUCUCCGCCGAUCGGCUUGCUAAUCCUCCGGUGGAUAUUGAACCAAAGGGCAUUUUUUUAUGAUACUUUGUGUUUGAAUUGAUAUAAUGAAUAUCAACAAAGAUGAGGCUCUAAGAGCCAAAAAUUUAGCAGAAGGUUUAAUGCAAAAGUCUGAUUUCACUGCCGCUCGUAAGCUUGUAAUCAAGGCUCACAACAUGGAUUCAAGUCUUGAGAAUAUAUCUCACAUGACGAUGGUAUGUGACGUGCACUGCGCUGCUGCGACGGAGAAGAUGUUUGGUAAUGAGAUGGAUUGGUACGGGAUACUUCAGGUUGAGAUGAGUGCUGAUGAUAUUAUGAUCAAGAAACAGUAUAGGAAGCUUGCGCUUCUUCUCCAUCCGGAUAAAAACAAGCUCCCUGGUGCUGAGUCUGCUUUUAAACUUAUUGGUGAAGCGCAGAGGAUACUUUUGGAUAAAGAGAAGAGGAUGCUUCAUGAUGUUAAACGCAGAACUUUUACGAGGCCUGUGCCUGCACCGUCUUAUAGAUCCCAACAGGUGCCGCAGAGUUAUCGUGCGCAGCAGGCGAGUGUUAAUAUGAGGAAUGCUUUCAACGUGUUUAGACCUCAACCCCAACCUGCUGCUUUCAGUCACCGGCCAACGUUUUGGACCUCUUGUCCGUUUUGUGGGAGCAGGUAUGAGUAUGGAAGGGAGCAUGUGAAGAGAGAAGUUACUUGCCAGUCUUGCAAAAAACAGUUUGUUGCUUUUGAAGUCUCUUUCUCGAGUGUACCAACGGCGAAAAGGUCUUAUCAGAGUACUUCUUCUUUCUCUCAGCAAGGCCAAAAGGCUUACCCUGAACCUCACAAGCGUCCAGAUUAUCCUGCCACAGCUUUCUCUGGAAAGGCUACGGCAUCUUCUACUGCGGAAAACAAUAAGGGAAAGAGGAAGAGGAAUGAUAUAGAUGAAAUUAGUGAAAGCUCUGACAGUGAAAGUAGUAGCGACUCAGAAGAUGAUGAUACUAUGGCAGCAGGGGAUAUAGGGUCCAAUGGAGGAGAGCAGCCUCGGAGGUCAGUACGUAGCAAGCGUCAGGUUUCUUAUAAUGAGAAUUUGAGCGACGAUGAUGUUGACUUAGGCAAUGACAUUGGGGAAGGGUCCGGGAAAAGUGUAGAUACUGAAAAGGAAGAAGAGGCUGAAGAGGAAAAGCAGACACAUGAGGAUCAUCAGCACCAGUCUCCUGAAACAUUACCUAAUGGCAUAAACCCAAAGGAGAAGAUACAAGAAGAGACUUUAGAUGAUUGGGAGGACGAGGAUGAUUCGGAGGACGAGUCAAGUCUAAGAGGUGAAGAAGCAGAACCAAAUGUUAUCAACUGUGACGAUCCUGAGUUUUCAGACUUUGAUAAGUUGAGGGAGGAAGGCUGUUUUGAUAAAGGUCAGGUAUGGGCUUUAUAUGAUGAAGGAGAGGGGAUGCCUAGAUUUUAUGCUGUCAUAAGAAAAGUAGUCACAAGUCCAAAAUUCUCUGUAAAGUACGUAUGGUUAGAGCCAGAUGAAGAUGAAGAGGAUGAAACACGAGAUUUGCCUGUGUCUGUCGGUAGGUACGUACUUGGUGAUGAGGCUAAGACAAAUAGCUGUGACUUAUUCUCUCAUUUGGUUCGAAGCAAAACAAGAAGCAAUGCUCGGAACUUUACGGUGCUCCCGGGGAAAGGAGAAACGUGGGCUCUUUUCAAGAACUGGGACAUGGACAACUCAGAUUCUCCUCGUGAGUAUGAGUUUGUUGAGAUACUGUCUGAUCAUGCAGAGGGACCAACGAUAUCUGUCGGGUUCUUGUAUAAAGUGGAAGAGUUUAAGUAUGUUUACAGUCCAAUGCCGAAGGAUGAAGCAGACACUUUUGAGAUUCUGCCUCAUGAGUUCUUUAGGUUCUCACAUAGGGUUCCGUCUUUUAGAUUGAAGGGAACAGAAGGGAGAGGUGUAUCUGAAGGUUGGUAUGAGCUUGAUCCAGCUGCUUUACCAGUACCUGGCCCGCAAAAUAUAUCAGGAGAGGAAGCAGCAGCUCAAGAACAAGACCAUCAAUCUCCUCCUUCAGGAUCUGACUGUUGAUAUCAUAACCAGUUUAUUCUGUUUGGGCGUACAGAAUACAACUUUGUUGUUAAGCUUGAUACAUCUUUGUUGUUUGUAGCUAGCACUUGAGAUUUCUAUUUUCUUAGUUACUCAGACUUGUAUCUUAAUUAGCAUAUGCUUCAAACCACAUUGUUUGUUAAGAAACUGGUAUCCAUUUUCACUUUGUAAAGUAGCUUUAGUUUCAAUUUCUGUCAUGGGA